AACGAAAGAAAACAUUUGACAACUGGACCAGUUGAUCACAGUGAAUUCAGUCAUAUGUCAUAGAUCUAGAUCUAGAUCUAUGUGUCUAAAAACGAACGCAGAUACAUGGAGGCUUAGAUUUUAAUCUCACCUGUAUCGAAUUAAACUUCUAGAUUUUAACUUUAUUCGAGAAAAAUGUUGGAUCAAAAGGAACACAAAGAUCAAAAUGACAAUAGUAACAAUUCGAACGGGAAAUUAAAAACAGAAUCUGGGUCAACACAAGAAUCUACAAUGAAACAAAUAAAUCAUCAACGAAUAAGAGACAGAGCUCAGCAACUCAAGUCAGACCUGCUAGACAGUAUGAGUGUUCAGCUGGAAGAGUUACUGGAUGGCUUUGUAUCAACUGUUGAGCAAAUAGAGGUUGGGGAGGAGACAAGUGAAUUAACGUCAACACAGAAAAAGGGAAGAAAGCAAGAUCUUCCAGACAAAUUGUUUGUGACAAGGCGGUCUGUUUUAACUGAACUGUUUGAAAUCAGUCACAUCAGAACAAUCUAUCAUAUAUUUGUUGCCAUCUUGAUUGUGUUUAGCUUAAAUACAAUCCUCUAUGAUGUUUUGGAAAAAGGAUCAUUUAAUUUCAACUUUGAAAUGAUUCAGUGGGCCUUUGGCAAAUUUCCCAAGGUCAUGGCCAUGUGGGUUUUGAUGAAAGCAAGUACACUUAUCAUUGUUUAUCCAUCCUUUUACUAUUGGGCAGCCAAUCGUAAGCCUGGUAAUGCUGGAUUGUACGAUUUUGUAUGGAUCGGUCUGGUGAUCAUCUACCAGCUUGCGUUUCUUCUCAUUCCAUUGUUAUACUUGAUUGAACAUGAGCUCCCUCCUGCAUCGUCUGUCAUAAUAACUUCAGAACAGACAAGGUUGAUCAUGAAAACUCAUUCCUUUAUUAGAGAGAAUACAGCAAGAGUCAUGUAUCAGAAAAAAGAUGAUGAUAAAAAGAGUGAAAAUUCUUGCCCAGAUUUUUCAAAGUAUCUGUACUUCCUGUUUUGCCCAACUUUGGUGUAUCGUGAUAACUACCCAAGAACUCAGUCGAUAUCCUGGAGAUAUGUUGUCACCAACUUUCUUCAGGUCCUUGCCUGUCUUUUCUACAUUUACUACAUCUUUGAGAGGUUUUGUGUGCCAGUUUUCCAGAACUUCAAUGCUGACCACAUCACUCCCAAAGGCUUUAUACUCUCGGUAUUUGGCUGUAUGAUGCCAGGAACCUUGGUCUUGUUUAUUGCUUUUUUUGCCAUAUUACAUUCCUGGUUAAAUGCAUUUGCUGAAAUGUUAAGAUUUGGAGACCGGCUGUUUUAUAAGGACUGGUGGAACUCAACAACUUUCUCAAACUACUACAGAACUUGGAAUGUGGUGGUUCAUGACUGGCUGUACACAUACAUUUACAAGGAUCUGUGUAAGUUCAUUGGCCACAGCAAUCGAUCAGGUGCAAUGGCGUGUGUGUUUCUAAUUUCAGCAGUCUUCCAUGAGUACAUCUUGACCUGCACCUUCAAGUUUUUCUACCCAGUUCUCUUUGUAAUGUUUGCUGGUGCUGGAUUUGGGUUUAUUUUUCUCACGGACAAGGGCUCAAACCGUAGCUGGAAUGUGUUUAUGUGGGUGGCCCUAUUCAUUGGAAAUGGACUGUUGAUGUGCUUAUACAGCAUGGAGUUUUAUGCUCGGCAAAAUUGUCCCAUCAGAAUGGAAAAUUUUCUGGAUCUUGUCAUCCCACGGUCAUGGUUUUGUGAUCUGCCAAAUAAAGAAGUUUAGUCCCCAGACCUCUGCUGUGUGUCUGGAUCUAUUGCCUGGUGAUUUCUGUAUGGUUUCUUCUACUAAACUUUGAGGGAUAUCUGUACAGGUUCUUGUUGAAUUCACUGUGGGAGCUUUCAAGAGGAUAUCUUCAUCAGUUUUAAUGAGUUGGAAACAUUCUUGAAUUAAGGACUAAAAAGUUGUGUAGGCCAACUCUACUGUCAGCUGAAAAAAUUUCUGACUUUUCUUUUUACUCCUGUUAUUUAUACUUUGCCAAAUGUUUUUUUUAUUCUUAUAAAGUAUGUGAUUAAUUAGGUUUAUAUUUAGUUAAAGGUUUAGAUGAAAAGUUGUUUAUGUUCAGUACCUCAAUACUAAACUAUUAGUCAGGUUUAGAAUUGGUCAUAUUGAAUCAUAGUUAAACUCUUCCUAAACAAAGUAAUGUAUCUUGAAGUCAACCUGUAUUUUUAUUUUUGAUCAUUUAUCUCAUGGCUACUACUUUAAUAUCAAGUAUUUUAGGCUAGUUUCCUAUCAUUAAACUAGUUUUUUAGGAUUGUUCUGAAGCUGAGGUGCAUGAAGGGUAGAGGGAUUUUUUUUCUACUGCCAAAUUUUUUAAAUUUUACAAUGUUUGUACAUAAAUUGGAAGGUAAGAAAUGUCACAACACUGUUGGAAUAUUGGUUACAAUCUUGUCGUAUUGAAAUGUACUUGAAAAUAUUGUGGCAUUAUUACAUGUUGAACUACUGUGGCACUGAGAUGAACCAGUGCGUUAAAAUCUUGUCACACUGAAAUGUACAUACAAAUAUUGUGGGAUUGAAAUGUACAUAAAUAUAUUGUGGUAUUUAGAUGUAUCACUAGUAUCAGUGCGUUAAAUUCUUGCCACAUUCAAAUGUACAUUAUAAUUUGGUGGCAUUAUAUGUUGAACUACUCUGGCAUUGAGAUGAAACAGUGUGUUAAAAUCUUGUCACAUUCAAAUGUUUAGUAAAAUAUUGUCACAUUGAAAUGUACAUUAAAAUAUUGUGGCAUGUAAUAUGUUGAACUACUGUUGGAAAACCAACUGCCAACAUUGGCGUGGUGCCACAACAAUUAGAGCAAUGACAUGUCAACCAGCUGGCAAAUUUCUUCCAGUCCAGUAUUUUUGUUGUUACCCCGGUACUCCUUAGUCACUAGUUUUUGCCAGAUUGACUGAAUGAUUUCUAGUUAACCAGUUUUUGCCUGUUUUAAGAAUGAAUUUAAAUUUACUGGUUUUUGCCUGCUUGACUGUGUGAGUUCAAAUUUAUAGUUUGUACUUGGAUGUAAAAAUUAUAAAAAGUUUAAGAAAAUGUGAAAUCCAAAAAGAAAUCCUACCAAGGUAGAGUUUUUCAAAAGCUGUUAGCUAACUGUUAUGUUAGUACAAUAUGGCAUAAUUGUGUAGCAUAUUGAUGGUUUGAAAUGUAUCAACUUUUUCCGUAAUUGCAGCUAAUUCUGAGGUACAUGAUGACGUCCUUCCAUGUCAUGUGUAAAAUCUAUAUUGUCAGGUGCUGACAUCAAACAUGUCAUGUGCUGACAUCUAAAUGUCACAUCACUUUGAGCAUGUCAUAGUGACCCUGGUCAUCUGACUGCCAGAUAAACUUGCUGGACAUCCUACGACAACAUCAAACUAUUUUUACACCUAGUGCCUAGAACAAAGUAGCGUACAAUUGUUUCUGUACCAUCUACCAGAUUCUGUAUAAAGUUGUUUUUUUUUUUAGUUUAAUACAUCUUAAUGUUACCAUCUAUAAAUAAAUGUUAGCUAAAUUUUGAAAGUUGUAGCAAAAUAUAACAUGUUCCAUCUACUGCGAUCUUUUAAUAACAUGACAAAAUAUUUACCUGACAGAGUGUGUUGAAUUCCACCCUCCCCCACCAGCCAUUAAUUCUGUAUAAAGAGGAUAGUAUUUCAGACUUGAAGAAUCUAAUCAAUAAACAUCUUAGUCUAUUAACAAAUACAAUUUUGUAUGGAUUAUAAAUGUAGUGACCAACAAAAUGUAUUGGCCAGAUUUAAAUCCAUAUUUCAACCAACAGAGCCCAAGUUUAUUGCCCUGAAUGACUAACAUCACUGGCAGAUUGUUAUAAUAUCUUACCAUCAUCUCUGGGGCCAGAUAUUUAUAUAUAAAUCACCAUCUCUAUCUAUGGGGCCAGAUAGUUAAAUAUAAAUCACCAUCUAUAUCUAUGGGGCCAGAUAUUUAUAUAUAGAUCACCAUCUAUAUCUAUGGGGCCAGAUAUUUAUAUAUAGAUCACCAUCUAUAUCUAUGGGGCCAGAUAUUUAUAUUACAUGACAAACACGUGAAGCCAGAUGAAAAUAACACAAGACCAUCAACAUAGCUUUGGCUAGAUUUGUAUCCUACCUGUCCCUCAACCUCCAACUGGCCAUGCUGUAGAGUGUAUUUCACCCUCUGGCCAUGCUAUAGAGUGUAUUUCACCCUCUGGCCAUGCUAUAGAGUGUAUUUCACCCUCUGGCCAUGCUAUAGAGUGUAUUUCACCCUCUCAAGUGGCCAUGCUAUAGAGUGUAUUUCACCCUCUGGCCAUGCUGUAGAGUGUAUUUCACCCUCUGGCCAUGCUAUAGAGUGUAUUUCACCCUCUGGCCAUGCUAUAGAGUGUAUUUCACCCUCUCAACUGGCCAUGCUAUAGAGUGUAUUUCACCCUCUCAACUGGCCAUGCUAUAGAGUGUAUUUCACCCUCUCAACUGGCCAUGCUGUAGAGUGUAUUUCACCCUCUGACAAUGCUAUAGAGUGUAUUUCACCCUCUGAGAGUUGAGCUGUUUCACCUAUUGUGAGGUCACACAAAAUUUUCUUUGUUUACUGCCAUUAUUGAUUAAAUGCUAAAAGUAUAUUCA